AUGCCUGAAAACAAGAAAAUUUCUCCUUCUCCUGCUGGAGAUGAUCAAAGCAAGAUAGACCAUGCCACAUCACAAGGGUUGGUUCUAUUUGGUGCCCCUAAGGAAGCCGUUGAAAUUUUUCAUGAAAGUGAAAUGACAAAUACUGAAGGGGUGAAUAAAGGUAUUUACUUUGGCUACCCAUGUUGAUGUCGCAGCUGUGCUAUAGUAAACAUCCCAGCACCAUGUGUCAACAAAAUGAUUUCACACAUCCAAGAUGUGGAGUCCAAAAUACAGGAGCACUUAAAAAGGUUUGAAACUUCUUUUGAAGAAUGGAGCAGAACUUCUUCCACGAAAGAUCUGAAAGAAGAUAGGGGUACUAAUACACCAGUGGAAGAGGUCAAACCAGAAGAAGGGAGAGAUGAAAUGUGUCCAGAAUUAAAGCAGGAAAUGGAAACAUUACUAUCAGAUGCCAUCCAUCUCAUUAAAAGUCUAGAAACUGACCAGGCAGAAACUGAAGAAGCUUUAAAGAAACAAAGAUCAAGAAAGACACUGCUUAACACAAAAAUCGACUCUUGGUCAAUCUGGAAACUUGAAGAACUCCCAUUACCUGUGCAGAAAGAACACGAGGCUGAUUUAAGAGAUUUUAUAGAAUUACGAUGGCAUCUUGAAGAUAAAGUUAAUCAACUAAAACAUUUUGAGGAAGAAAAGACACAGUUAGAAGAAGCGAAUGCAAAGAUUCAAGCAGACAUAGACUUCAUGAUUGAGCGUGGCCCUCUGCUGAGUUAA